UAUCGAGGCUGAUGGUCGAUGGCCACAAACUAGUAGGUAUAACCCCGUGUGACUGUGACAUCAACAAUGUUAACGAGACCUCGUAUGUUAUAGUCUGGUACUGAUCGUUCAGUACCAGGUCGGAUCUUCUAGUACACACAUGAUUGGAUUUUCAAAAGGAUUAUCGUACCUAUAACUUAUCAAGAUGUGUAGGGACGCUAUCCAACCACAGCCACCACAGCCGCCACCGCUCGCUUCGGUCGAAGUACGAAGUGCGUUUAAAAGCUAUAAUUCGUCGGCUAUGGUGCUGAGAGGAGUAUCCCUGACCGUCCGUAGAAAUACAAUUUAUGGUCUAUUAGGACCCAGUGGUUGUGGCAAAACAACCCUUUUAAAUUGUAUAGUCGGUCGAACGAAAUUGGAUAACGGUGUCAUCAAUUUAGAAUCAAAUGUAAUUGAUGAUAUUGGUUACAUGCCGCAGGAUUUAUGUCUAGAUCCUUUACUUAGCGUCGAAGAAAUUUUUUUCUACUUUGGAACAAUUUUUGGUCGUUCUCGAAAUGAAAUUAUAAGUCGUUACAAAUAUUUCAAUGCUUUAUUUGACUUGCCUAAACGAAAAAUGUUAAUAAACAAUUUAAGUGGAGGUCAACAACGGAGAGUUUCCCUCGCAGUGGCUCUUCUCCAUAAUCCAACUCUUUUAAUAUUAGACGAGCCUACUGUUGGUUUGGAUCCAAUACUGAGCGAAAAAAUCUGGUUACAUUUAUCUGACUUGUCUUCUGAAGGCAAGACAAUUAUUAUUACUACGCAUUAUAUCGAGGAAGCUAGAAGAGCGCACACAGUUGGUAUGAUGAGAAGCGGAAUAAUAUUAUCAGAAGAUGCUCCGGAAAAUUUACUUAAGUGUUACGGAUGCUCAACUUUAGAAGACGUGUUCCUCAAGUUGUGUGUGAUUGAUACGUCAAAAGUCAUACAAAAGUCUUCAUUGCCUAUUGAUGGUGAUGUACAAAAAAAACUGUUACCUUUAGACAAUAACAGAAAAUUCGAAACGAGACGAUUUCGGGCCCAGAUGUUGAAAAAUCGAUUUUUACUGUGGAGAAAUAAACAAAUGACUUACCUGAUGCUGGGCCUGCCAAUCAUUAUAACUUUAUUUUUCAACAUGGCGAUUGGACGUGAUCCCAAGAAUAUUAGAAUUGGAAUUAUAAAUGAAGAAAUAAAUUUAAGAGACUGUGCAAAUUUUACUUAUAAAAACAAUAAUAAUUGUUUCUUGAACGAAAAAAUUUAUGGGAGUUGUCAAAUGAUUUAUCAACUUCAUAAAAGAACUUACAAAAUUAAAGACUAUUAUAAUAUUGAAGAUGCAAAAGCGUCUGUAAAAAAAAAUGAAAUUUGGGCUUUGUUACGGUUCAAUUUUAACUAUACGGAAUCGUUGAAAGAAAGAGUCAACUCGGGUCAAAACAGUUUGGAAGAUGUAGUUGAUAAUAGCUUCUUGGAGUUUUGGGUCGACGAUUCAGAUAGAUAUAUGUCGAUUUUAAUUGAAAGAGACGUGACAUUGAGUUUAGCGGAUGCUUUUAAAAAUCUAGUCGGUUCUUGCAAAGAUUCAUUGGAUAAAGUUUUUAAUUAUCCAAUUAAGAUACAUGAUGCUCUGUAUGGUUCAAAUUCAGGGUCUUUUGCUCAUUUUGUUGCACCAGGAACAGUAUGCAUAUGUAUGUUUUUCUUGCCAUUGAUCUUUACAACUUUUGUUAUGCUUGAUGAGCAAAAUGAUGGAAUACUGGACCGGGUAUUAACUUCUGGUAUGACAUACAUUGAAAUUGCAUUAGCUCAUUCAAUCAUUCAAAUUACAUACAUAUGUAUCCAAGCUAUUGAAAUUUUAAUAAUUAUGUACGUCUUUUACGACAAUCCAUACAUUGGAUCGAUUACGAUUGGAUUUAGUCUUCUCAUAGUCAUUGGAAUAACAGGAAUGAUAUACGGUUUUGUAUUGGCUUUGUCAAAUGACAGUCAUUUUGCAGCUGGAUUUGCUGGAGUUGGCACAAAUUUUUUGUUGAUGUGUGCUUGUGGUUUUAUUUGGCCUACUCAAGGAGCUCGUCAUUUUGUUAAAUACACCAACAAAUUCGUCCCAAUUACAUUGGCUAUUGAAGCAUUACGAGGUAUAACCAUGCGUGGUUGGUCUAUUGAUCACACGGCAGUUUAUAUGGGAUUUGUUUCGAUGUUAAUUUGGGCUUUGAUAUUCUACGCAAUAUCUUAUAUGUUAUACAAAUCAAAGAAAGGCACAUGGAAGAAAGUGUAGAUAUGAGAUCUGCAGGAUCUCAGUAUAAAAAUAAUUCAAUGUGUCAAGUACAAAAGACUGCCAGAAUGCUUUGUGGCAAUCAAAUAUAUUAAGCUUUUUCUAUAAUGUUAAAAAUCUAUAAUAAAUUGUAAAUAAAUAUAUUUAAGUAGGAUAAAUGUAAUUUAUUACAUAGGCUUCUAAAAUAUUAUGUAAAAAUAAAAUAUAAAUAAAUGAAAAUGUAACGUUUUCAUAGUG